UGUCCGGCCCAGCGCAGCGUAUCGGCCACAGUGUGCGAACGCAUCGCUCAUGGUAACGCGGGUCGCAUCACUAUUUAUUUGCGUAUUCCGUGAGCGACGCGUUAGACGAUCAAUGUCGUGUGGUGUAAGGGCGGUGGGUACGGUACAAUCGCUUGCUUGGGAGGCUGUUGAGCGUUACGGAAGCGUUACGCAGCUAGAAGGUUGAUAGUGCAGGAGUAUUGCCUGAAGCAGAACCUAUCAACGUGAAUGUCCAGCGCGAAGUGCUGCAGUUCUGGGGACGGGCUCGAGAGAAGACUUGAACGCGCCGCUAAGCCACCGAGUUUUUGGAGCUCGUUAGCAACGAAGGCGCGUAUUGUUGGCGCAAUUUUUCGCUCGGCGGAUCAAUGCUAACCACUGCUAAUUGACCGAUACAGAUCAUUCUUCCCGACGGUUUUUGCACGUGUCCAGCUCGAGGUCGGUAGAUGUUCUUGUGAAGCGAACCGUUGCUUAACUUUCACUGUUAGCCCCCGGGGAGGGUAAGUUACGGGCUCAUAAAACUCGCUGACCUGACUUGCAAACGGUUAUCACUUUCACCCGGCGGAGCUGAAUAAUGCAGUCGAGCAUCAUCUAGCCUCAUCUAACCCCACAAGGUGCUUCAAGCAUGAGCGAAGCUUACAACAGCUGAAAACCCGCGUCAAACUCCUUACGCUCCGCGGCGUGUAUCACAUUUCGAGCAGCUCCACGUGAUGUGUGUGAUUCGAAUGAUAGCAUCGCGGUUAGCUGCUGAUGAUCGGGAAUGUUAGAAUCUUUCCUCUUUUCCUCGCGGAGCAAUUCUAGUCACGGAAAAACGAUUUAAAAAAGAAGCAGACACACAUGUCGAUUUGCAUUAAAGGAAGGCACGCGGUUGUGGACAGGAAAAAUGAUGGUGUGCGCGUUUUUUUUGUCGUUGCUUUGUUUGUCUGUUAUUAUUAUUUACUCGUCACAGGUGACAGUAGACGUAGAAUAACAAAUAGACCUGCUGCCUGUGGCAAGGGUGGGAGCGUACUGUGUGUGGCUUGCGGGAUCUCGAAAACGCGUCAGAUACGCACACACACACACACAUCGGUCACAAGCGUGACCACACACCGCGUACGCUACGGUUCGUUCAGUUCGUAACGAACCGUCGUGCGAGCAGGUCGCACACUUGAGGAAGCACUGAACCGGAACGGGAAUGCACGCACGAAGUCUCACAGGGCACGGGCCAGUAGGCCCAGCGGGCUUGCUGGUGGUGGUGGUGGUGAUAGUACUGUCGGGGCUGGUCGGCACGGGUGACACCGUUCAACCACAAUCAACCAACGCAGGAGUAGGGCUGGAACUCGUCCUGGAGCGGAUCGGGACCGUGCUGGAGCAGGUACUGCCGGACGGUGCCUGCCGUCGGGAUGUGAACCGUACGUUGGAAGCUGCCCGCCAGCGGGAACAGUGGGCCGUUACAAUGCUAGACGCGACGGUAAAAUUUCCGGACGCGAUCGAGCUCGGUGCACGCGACCAUCUCGGCAGCUACGACGAAUGUCUCGGUACGCCCGUGAGUGACCGAGCGUCGGUACGGGCGCACUACUGCCUGGCACGCGUCUCAAUGGUCGGAUUCCGUGUGCGACCCAGAACGGGGCGCAUUGACACCACCAACACGAGCUCGGCAUCGGUACGGUGGGGUGUUUGUGUGCCGACCGGUUGUACCGAGCGUGACGUGACCCGAUUGCUGUCCGGCGUGAGCGGUUACCCGGUGAGCGGUAGCGUAUGUCAACCGAGCGCGAACUGGCCGACACUCAGCAGCGUAACCGGGUACGAUCGGAUGCAGAUCGUGAGUGCGUGCGUACUGGUGGCGUUUGUGCUGAUGGUGGUGUUUAGCACGGUGUACGGUGUUGGAGGUGGCGCCGAGAGCAAGAGUGAGUGUGCCGGUGAAAAACCACCGACAGGGGAGGCCAUACUGCGAUCGUUCUCCGCUGUGGAUAACCUGCGCAAGCUGGUACAGCUGUCCAAGGAUGAUCAUGGGCUGGGCUGUAUCAACGGCAUCAAGGCAUUAUCGAUGAUGUUCAUUGUCGGUGGGCAUGCGCUGGUGUUUAUGGCCGGUGGUCCACUGCUUAAUCCGGGCUUCUUUCACGAACAGAGCCAACUGCUGCAGAAUGCCUUUCUGCUCAACUCACCACUGCUGGUGGACACGUUUCUGCUGCUGAGUGGGUUUCUGUUCGCGAGGUUGCUGCUGCUCGAGCUGGACAAGCGGCAGGGUCGGCUAAACUUUGGCCUGCUGUACGUGUUUCGGUACAUCCGGCUAACGCCGGCUUACCUGGCUGUAAUUGCACUGUACGCGACCUGGUUGCCGCGGCUCGGUGAUGGUCCCCUGUGGCAGGAGCGGAUUGAGCUGGAGCAGCAGCGCUGUCAGCAGAGCUGGUGGCUGAAUGUGCUGUACGUCAACAACUACCUCGGCACGGACAGUGUGUGCAUGUUUCAGUCGUGGUAUCUGGCUACCGAUACGCAGCUGUUCGUGUUGGCCCCGCUGCUGCUCUAUCCGAUGUGGCGCUAUGGACAUCGGGCGGCUCUGUUCCUGAUCGGAGGUGUUACCGGUAUCUCCAUCUUGGUCCCGUUCUAUGUCACCUAUACGAGGCAGCUGGAUCCAACGUUCAUGAUUUUCACUGAUGAGGUUAGCGAUCUGCAGGCAAACGACUACUUCGUGAACGUGUACGGCAAAACACAUCUGCGAGCGACCGCCUAUCUGUUUGGGCUUCUCGUAGGCUAUCUGGUACACUGGAUGCAGAUCAAAAACGUACGUAUCGGACGUCGAAAGCUAACCCUGUGCUGGAUCGUGUCGACCGUGUGCGGUUGUUCGGCCAUGUUUUCACUGACAGCGUUCUACACCCGGCUCGGGACGGAUAACUAUCUGUACAAUGCGCUGUACGCGUCCUUGCAUCGGUUCGGCUGGAGCCUUUCGAAUGGAUGGCUUGUACUGGCGUGUGUCACUGGACAUGGGCGAACCUUGAAGCGGUUCCUCUCCUGGCGUGCGUUCGUACCACUCAGCCGACUAACGUACUGUGCGUACCUGACGAAUGGGCUGGUGGAGCUGUACCUAUCCGCAUCACGCCGGACACCACUCUACGCAAGCAUCCCGACGAUGACGGCCGAGUGCAUCUCACACAUGAUACUGACGUUUCUGCUAGCGUUACUACUCUGCCUGAUGUUCGAGUCACCGAUACAUGGGCUGGAAAAGAUUCUGCUGAGCCGGUUCCGGCCGACCCACACGGGACCCGGUACCCGAGAGCCGGAAACAAACAGUGUGAGCACGAACAACACACACAGCACAUCGGAGGAGGCAUAGGACGGGCGCUUGGUAAAGUUGGUUUUUGGGGGGUUGUUUAACGGGUGGUUGGCGCAAUUUGUAAAUACGUUUAACAUUUAAGGGAUGCACACAAACACAGUACAGUUAAAACUACAGAGACAGUUGAGGUAUAAUAAAGGCGUUAUUUAUAACAAGAAAAACAA